AUGAACAGUGAUCGAGAGGAGCCACGAUGGAGGAAAAUCAACUCGGUUGCAGGAGUGGUUCCUCGGUCCAGACACGGACACCGAGCAGUUGCCGUACGGGAGCUGAUCAUCGUAUUCGGGGGUGGAAACGAAGGGAUAGCAGAGCACCUCCAUGUUUACAACACUGGUGAGCUAACAAUAGCUGGACGCUAACGGCAGAGCAGCGGCUAAUGUUUUUAGCAUGACUGGGAAUUAAAAUGUUAACUUUGGGUAACACAAGUGUUUUACAAUAAAAGUCACUUCCACAGAAGUCAUCGUAGACUUGUAGAAAGUUAACUUUGUAACUAUAAAUUCACACGUAUAUCCACAGAUUCCGAUUCGACUUUUACGGGGGCUGUUAUAGGCCUUUAACCAAGACCACUACUACUUCUCGAAUCAGAUCUAGACCGUUAAAGAGAGUCGAGACUUCUUCAAAUCCGUUCAGGUUUGCAACACUUUGAUUCAAGAAAACGCAAAAGAAAGCGGCAUUUCAACACUAGACCACAUUAGACCAGGUUCUUAUCCAAAACAAGUAGGGGAGACUGGGGUAAGUUAAGCCAAAGGGUAAGUUGAGUCACCCCCUGUUGCUUGGAAAUGGUUAAGGAUAUUGAUCAUGUGACCAAAUAUUUAAGAGAUUGGCAUCAAUUCAUGGAGUCAGAAUUGUGUUCAGACCAAAAAAAGAUCAUUUUAAAUUUGUUUUAUACAUCAAUUGUGGUAUCUAUGAGCUACAACAUGAGGUCAAAACCCUAGUAUAAAAGUCCACCAUUUUAGCUUAGAGGCUAAUAAAGUCAUUAUAGUAGUCAUGGGGUAACUGAGAAAGUAAAGGUGUCUGAUGAGAGGAUUAGAGUUUCAGUUCAGAUUGUUAAAAUGUUUUACUUUUUCUUUUCAAAAAUACAGCUGUGAAUGUUCUGAAUCACUUAAAGACAUUCUCAUGUUAAAAUGGCUUCAGGAAACAGCUUUUAGCAGGUUUAUGCAAUAAUAAUAAAAAGAAUUACUGUACCAGUUGAAUAGUGUAUAAUAGAUAAAAAUACACAUGAAUGUGAAGAAGUUACUGUGAUUUAGGGAGAGAGAAGGUGAGGGAGGGCUGGGGUAGAGAGUGUAUAUUAUCAAGACAGUUCUGUUUACACUCAUUCUGUUGGUUUGUAGGGAUGAACAACAUCUUGAAAUAUACACAUAUACACUAGUUGGAGAAAAAACUAUGAUUGUCUUGAUGUAGUGAUCCGAAAUAUGAAAAAUGGCUCAUCUUACCCCACUCUCCCCUAUAUCUAAUCUUAUGAGAUCCGGCCUAGGUUACCUCAGGGAGGCUACAAUCUGUUAAGAAAAAUUUAAGACAGCUCUGAAAUGUCCAGGUAUUUUGGUUGGAUCAGGACCUGGUCUAAUAUGGUUAUGCAUUAAAAAAGAGGCAGGGGUCACCUUGUCUGCAUUAAAAGAAAAAAAAAAGUAAGAAAAGUAAUAUAAAUUUCAAACUGUUUCCUAAGAAGUUUAAAGAUUCUUUUUGACAAUCUUGUCUGGGUCUGAAAAGUUUAUGUAUAGGGGUUUUGGAUCAAGACUCCCAACUUAAGUGUCAUCACUCACCACCUGAUCAGAUACAACUCAUGCAAAGUGUUUUCUCUCCCUCUUGUAAAAUAUUUCCAACACCAUUUGAGUUGUACCUCAUGUACAGAUUUUGAACUAUCUUGUGAGAGUUUUUAUUUGGUUUGAUUGUCAAAUAAACUAAAAUUUUUGCAUUCUUUCAGUCUCUAAGCAGUGGUUCCUGCCCGCCGUGAGGGGUGACAUCCCACCCGGCUGUGCUGCCCAUGGCUUCGUCAGUGAGGGUACCAGAGUUCUGGUCUUCGGAGGCAUGGUCGAGUUUGGAAAAUACACUAACAGUCUUUAUGAGCUUCAGGUAAUUCCUGCCUUUCGAUGGUGAAUCCAGGGGUGGGCAGUGUACUGGUUUAAUUUCCAUCUUUCUGCACCUCAUUUCCACUCUUGACUCUGGUCCUGUGUUGCCCAGGCCAGCCGCUGGCUGUGGAAGAAGCUGAAGCCCAGAGCGCCAAAGAAUGGAUCGCCUCCCUGUCCACGGAUCGGCCACAGUUUCACCCUCGUGGGGAACAAAUGUUACCUGUUUGGAGGGCUGGCCAAUGACAGUGAAGACCCCAACGGCAAUGUGCCGAGGUAGGGGUGAAGAUCUGUAUUUGGUGGUUUUAUCAUAAAGUCAAAAAUAAAAUGACAGUCAGCAUAUAUAAGGCCUACAAGUAUGUAUGAUCCAUUCAGUGGAUGGGGUUUUGAAUGUGUGUGGCUUUUCUUUUAUAGGUACAUGAAUGACUUUUAUGAGCUGGAGCUGCAGUCUGUUUCAGGAGCGCGAGGUUGGAGCAUCCCAGAGACGAAGGGGGUUGGUCCCUCAGCUCGGGAAUCUCACACCUCAGUUGGUUGCACUGGCCUCGGCUCCUCAAAGCUCUUCAUCUUUGGGGGGAUGCAGGGAUCCCGGCUGGAUGAUCUCUGGCAGCUCGACCUCAGUGAGACAUCUUUUUUUCUUUUAGUUGAUUUUCCACCAAAUAAAAAAACACGAGGCAUAUUUUUGCACCUCUGGACUCAUUGAGAAGCAGCUCAUUGGGAUGUUUAAUCUUAUUUCUUAUCUUUUUCUCUUCUUCAGGCACCAUGGUUUGGUCCAUGCCUGAGACCAGGGGUUCGAAGCCACUUCCCAGGAGCCUUCACUCUGCAAACGUCAUUGGAAAUAAGUAAGAGCUCCAAGUGUCUUUGAUGGCAGAUGUAGAAUUUUGUAUCUGUCGUUCAUGCGAGUGACGACAGUGUCCCUCUGUUUGCAGGAUGUUUGUUUUUGGAGGUUGGAUUCCUGUUCCAGAGGCUGAAAAAGACGACGCUUUAGGAAAAGAAUGGAUCUGCUCCAGCUCUUUAAGUGUGCUCAGCUUAGGUCAGAACAUCUAUCAACGUCUCGGCAGCAUUUUCACAAAAGCUACUUUAAAACAGGGUCUCUGUCUCAGUUGAAUGUAGGAACAGUCUCUUCUCUCGAGUUCACUGCGGCUCUCUUUUCUGAUCUCAGACACAAUGACCUGGCAGGACCUGGGCCCAGAGCAGCAGGACGACAUCAGGUCCCAGCUGCAGAGCCAGGGACCCCAGAGCGAUGAUCCAUACGCCAGCAGGCCUGGAGCCAGAGCCGGUCAUUGUGCUGCCACUGUGGGCUCCAGGCUUUACAUUUGGAGCGGCCGUGACGGCUACAGAAAGAGCUGGAACUACCAAGUCUGCUGUAAGGACCUCUGGUACCUGGAGACAGGUGAGAGUUGAUACUAUAAGAUUAGAGUCUCUAGUUCUGUUGGAUUGUUGGGCAAAACAUCAGCGCUGAACAAAACGAAAAACAAAAUGAGGUUCUGUACUCUGCCCUCAGAUCGACCUUCAGUCCCAGAGGCCGUGUUACUCAUCAAAUCCACAGUCAGCAUGCUCCAUGUGGCGUGGCGACCCCUGGCUGCCGCAGACUGCUACAUCCUGCAGAUCCAGCCUGUGCGGCCUCCCAGCACUGCAGCCGGUGAACCAACAUCCACGGCAGCUGUCGGACAGGAGGGGAAGGAUAAAGUGUCGGCUGGUGGGAAGAAGAGUGCACAGAAACACUUGUCUGUAUGUUGAUUGUCGGUAUUUCUCAGACUUAUUGUGACAUUUUGCUGAAUUUGAUCUUCUCAGGUGUUCAGCUGCUUCAAAUGCAAAGUGAUGGGACCCCUGUUAGAGAAGCCAAAGCAUCAGCACAGGUACAUUUGACUGUUUUCAUAUACUUAAAUCUGUUAUACAGAACGACAAAACCCAGAUUGAGCCACAGAUACAUUUGAAAGAAUCGUUUUUGUUGUAUUUGAUUUUAAGAAAUAGACUUAACUAUCCAUGCACUACUUUCUAUUUAUGAAAAAUAAGUUUUUAGCAGUAAUUUUCAGUUUCUUUUAUCACAGCAGGAAGCUGCAGAAAAAUCUGCCAAUGGAACAACAGACAGCAAAGCAGAAGGAAGGAGGAGCACAGAGGCAGAGCAGGACAGUAAGUCGUCAGGACUGGAAUUGAAAGUGUACUUUGCCUCUUUAACGUUGAGGAAUCUGAGUGGCAGUAACAUGUCAGUAAGAAAACCACAGCUCUUCAACUUUGAUCGUUUUUUUUUUUUGUAGGGGCUGGACCAAAGAUGUCCACAGUAGAGGUCAGCAGCUCAACUCAGCAGCAACCAGGUAACAGUGGAGCUGUUCACAAGCUCACAUGCAAUGUUUUAAUAGACCGCACAAGACCCAAAAGUGAGGCUCACCGUGGACAUCCCUUUGUUUGUUUUUUCAGAGAAACGCCCUGAUUCAGCUGAGAAGACUGAUCAGGUCAGUAUUAUAUUUUUAAAGCAGUCUUUAGAGUUCUCGACUCUGAUCUGGUCUGGUAUAAGACUUAAACCUUUCACCUCUAAUUACAGAAUCCAGAGGAAUCAGUGUGGUAUGAUGUCGGUGUCUUCAAAACGCUCUUCUCUGAGGUCCAUCAUUACUUUCAACCUGCUGACAAUGAGCAAGUGAGCAGUCGGACUUCAAACACCAAAGAGGUAAAAGAAAAACCCACCCAGUGCUGGACUGUUUUACUCAUCAUAACUGGAUUUUACAGCCGUUUAUAACAGUGAGAGUAUUGUUCAAUCCAAUGCACAAGGCUCCUUUUGCUUUCCCAUCAUCCCUUUCUUCAGAGGAGGCUGCCAGGGCCUCAGGACUACCAGGGCAGAGAGAAGCAGGAGCUGAGUCCAGGUCAGACCUACAGGUUCAGAGUUGCGGGCAUCAACUGCUUUGGGCAGGGAGACUUCAGUCCAGUGAGUGAGUUCAAAACCUGCCAACCUGGUUUUCCCGGGGCGCCGUCUGCUGUCAGAAUCACCAAGGUAACACACCAAACAAUCAGUAAGUUUACACGACACUCGAUAAAAACAAAUUAUUGCCUUAUUCCGAUUAAGGCCAGACAACUAAAGUGCAUGUAAACACCUUAGUCUGACUAUAAUCGCAGUUUGAGAUCUCCGAUUAAGACACCCAGAUAAUGCGAUUGGAAUUCUAUUUUCUCCGCCAUAUAACCAGCGUAGUCGGACUAUGAUUGGCCAAUGCAUGUGUGCCACGCCCCCGUAACCCCGUAACAAAAACACCAGAGAAGAGGAGCAGCGUGCACCUCAUCUGCAGAAAAAGUAGCGCGUACAUCAUGUACAACAAAAACUACGCUGUACGAUGCUCCAUCUUCUUGCUCAAAAAUGCCCAGCAGCAGUUUGUAGCCACUUCUGAUGUCUGGCACGGACCUGCUGAAAAGACAGAUAUCGCCCCCUAGUGUUGGGGAGGAGGAUACGUUAACGUCAAUAAUUUGAUUUUCUUAGCUGCAUGUAUACGCGGACAUCAAGAGAAGUCUGAUUCGACAAAAAAAAAAUUAUGAGCUUAGUCCGAUUAAGCUGUGCAUGUUAACGCACUGACUGUUUUCAGAAAAUCAGCAAUGUUCGGGAAAAUCACUGAGACCUGCUGUGUUCUUACAGGGAAGUGAUUCAGUCCACAUCACAUGGGAGGCCCCCACCUCUCCAUCGGGCCGGAUUCUGGAGUACUCCAUGUACAUGGCAGUGAGGAAGAGCCGCUCCAGCAGCACAGAACGUCCAGGUCAGAUGGCGUUCAUCAGGAUUUACCGCGGCACAAAAAUGUCCUGUUCGGUCAGCUCCACCCACUUGGAUAACGCCCACAUUGACAGCUCCGCCUCCAACCGGCCGGCUGUUGUUUUCCGCAUCGCUGCUAAAAACGAGCAGGGUUACGGCCCGGCGACGCAGAUCCGCUGGAUUCAAGGUGGAGCGGCUUUCCUUUUUUCCUCUCCUCAACAUCGCUUCAAAUCAGUUUUUUCAACCUCCUGUUUCUUCAUCUUUUUAGAUCCCACUAAAAUACGAGCGUCGGCAUCGAAAGCAGACAAUGAUGACGCUGACCAGGAUGCUGCUGACAGGUAAUCACCAACACCUCUAUCUUUUGAUCACUGGUCACUUUUCCACUUCUGUUUUUAUUAAUGCCACCUCUCGCAUCUCUUUGUCUCAUAUGCAGCUCCAGCUGA